GGCCCUACGCUGGGCGUGGGCCAACCUGCGAAUGCGCAGUGUGGCAGCACGCGAGAGCGCGGGAAGCGGGCUGGGUCGGCGCUAGCUCUUCGCCUUUGCUCGGUUGCGGAGGCUUGGCAAGUGGGUAGGUAAAAGAAAAGAUGCCUGCUACACAGAAGCCGAUGAGAUAUGGACAUACAGAGGGACACACAGAUGUCUGUUUUGAUGAUUCUGGGAGUUGUAUUGUGACUUGUGGAAGUGAUGGUGAUGUGAGGAUUUGGGAAGACUUGGAUGAUGAUGAUCCUAAGUCCAUUAAUGUUGGAGAAAAGGCGUAUUCAUGUGCUUUGAAGAAUGGGAAAUUGGUCACUGCAGUAUCUAACAACACUAUUCAAGUCUACACAUUCCCUGAAGGAAUUCCAGAUGGUAUAUUGACUCGCUUCACCACAAAUGCAAACCAUGUGGUCUUUAAUGGGGAUGGUGCAAAAAUUGGUGCUGGAUCUAGUGAUUUCCUAAUCAAAGUUGUGGAUGUGAUGGAUUGUAGCCAACAGAAAACACUUCAAGGACAUGAUGCCCCUGUUUUAAGUCUUUCUUUUGAUCCUAAGGAUGUCUUUCUGGCAUCAGCUAGUUGUGAUGGAUCUGUCAAAGUAUGGCAAAUUUCAGAUCAGGUAUGUGCUAUUAGUUGGCCACUGCUGCAAAAAUGCAAUGAUGUGAUAAAUGCAAAAUCAAUCUGCAGACUUGCUUGGCAGCCAAAAAGUGGGAAGUUACUUGCAGUUCCUGUAGAAAAAUCUGUUAAACUAUAUAGAAGAGAAACGUGGAAUAAUCAAUUUGAUCUUUCAGACAAUUUUAUCUCUCAGGCCCUGAAUAUUGUAACCUGGUCUCCUUGUGGGCAAUAUUUAGCUGCAGGGAGUAUUAAUGGUUUAAUUAUAGUUUGGAAUGUGGAAACCAAAGAUUGCAUAGAAAGGGUGAGACAUGAGAAAGUAUCUAGCAGAGUCGAAAAGGAUUACAGUGAACUUUUUGAUGGAGAUGAUACAAGUAAUGCUGGUGAUUUUCUAAAUGAAAAUGCAGUUGAGACCUCUUUUUCAAAAGGGAUUCUAAAUCAUGAGGAAGUGGCUGAUGAUGCCAUGCUGGCUUCUGGUCUUCCUAGACAGCAAAGUUUCCUCCUUUACAAAGAUGAAUCCCCAAUUGGUGUUCCAGGGCUAAAAACUGUUGCUUCUUUUCUUGAAGACGUGGAGGAAGAUGAUCAAGCAGGCACAGUUCACGAGCUACCACUUAGAACAUCCCAAAGGCCUUUUUAUGAUGGGCCUAUGCCAACUCCCCGGCAAAAGCCAUUCCAGUCAGGUUCUACACCCCUGCAUCUUACUCACAGAUUCAUGGUGUGGAAUUCUACUGGAAUUAUUCGCUGCUAUAGUGAUGAACAAGACAAUGCCAUAGAUGUGGAGUUCCAUGAUACCUCCAUACACCAUGCCAUACACUUACCAAACACUUUGAAUUAUUCAGUAGCAGAUCUUUCCCAUGAAGCUAUUUUGUUGGCAUGUGAAAGCACUGAUGACCUCGCAAGCAGGCUUCACUGCCUGCACUUUAGUUCUUGGGAUUCAAGCAAAGAGUGGAUGGUAGACAUGCCUGAGAAUGAAGAUAUUGAAGCACUGUGUCUUGGUCAGGGAUGGGCGGCUGCUGCCACUGGUGCCUUGCUCCUUCGAUUGUUCACUAUUGGAGGUGUUCAGAAAGAGAUCUUCAGUCUUCCUGGGCCUGUCGUGUCAAUGGCAGGACAUGGAGAACAGCUUCUCAUUGUUUAUCAUAGAGGUAGAUUUCCUCUAUUGUUCUAUAAUUUUACUGUGACCUGGUGCAUUCCUUGCAAAGGUGCUCAGUUUCCUCCCACCCUUCCACGCCCUGCUGUAGCUAUAUUACCCUUUAAACUUCCUUACUGUCAGACUGCAACAGAGAAAGGACAAAUGGAGGAACAAUUUUGGCGUUCAGUUAUGUUUCACAAUUACCUGGAUUAUUUAGCUAAAAAUGGUUAUGAAUAUGAAAAAAGCACUAAAAGUCAAGCAAUAAAAGAACAGCAGAGUCUUUUAAUGAAAAUGCUUGCGCUUUCUUGUAAACUGCAACGGGAAUUUCGUUGUGUGGAACUUGCUGAUCUAAUGACUCAAAAUGUUGUGAAUUUUGCAAUUAAAUAUGCUUCUCGUUCUCGGAGAUUAAUAUUGGCCCAAAGACUUGGUGAGCUGGCUGUAAAGAAGGCGGCAGAAUUGGCAAUAACCCAGGUGGAAGGGGAGGAGGACUUCAGAAACAAGUUGGGUGCUGGUUACAGUGAUAGUGCUACAGAGGGGAGCCAGCCAUGGUGCCAAACUCAGGUUGAGAAAGAUGCAGAGGACAGUGGAGAAACUGAUGAUGUAGAAGAAAAGCCAGAAACACAGAAGCCUGGACAGAACCCAUUUUCCAAAAGUGCAAAUUCCUCUGAUGUGCCAGCUAUUAAGUCAGUUACCUCUAGCAACCAAGGACGAGUAAACCCCUUCAAGGUAACAGCUAAUUCCAAAGAGUCAGCUGUUUCAGUGAAUUUAGUACGUUCAACUAAUAUUUUAGACAAUAUGGACAAAUCAUACAAGAAGUCUGCUGCACUUAGUCGAGCUACGAACAGUGAAAAGUCUCCAGUUAUAAAGCCUCUAGUUCCAAAGCCAAAGUCUAAGCAGCCAUCUGCAGUAUCCUAUUUCCAGAAAAAAACUUCCCAAUCUGAUAAGACUGAGGAAAUGAAAGAAGAAAAUCCUAAAAAUUCAUCUUCUGAAGCCCCAUCUUUGUGUUCUCAAAACACUGAAAACCAAAGGCCAAAGACUGGAUUCCAGAUGUGGCUAGAAGAAAACAGAAGUGAUAUUUUGUCUGACAAUCCUGACUUUUCAGAUGAAGCAGACAUAAUAAAAGAAGGAAUGAUUCGAUUUAGAGUAUUGUCAGCUGAAGAAAGGGAGGCAUGGACUACCAAGGCCAAAGGAGGAACUUCAGUUAAUGGAACUGAAGCAAAGAAGCGAAAACAUGUUGUCGAAGAAAGUCAUGAAGCUGAAAACCAGAAAGAAAAAGCAAAGGAGAAUCUGAAUUUGCCUAAAAAGCAAAAACCUUUAGAUCUUUCUACCAACCAGAAACUGUCAGCUUUUGCAUUUAAGCUGGAAUAGAGUAAGGAAGUGACCCUAGGAAAGUAUUGGCUUUUUACUCAAUCUUUGAUGAGUCUGGACUUUUGUUUUCUUUUUUUGUUUUUAAUCUUUAGGAAACUCCUUAUAUAUUUUUAAAAGAGCUUAAAGACAACUGUUUUAUAAGAUAAUAGAGUAAUGAUACUGGUAUAGGUAACUGAGCAUGUGUAAAAACUAUCAUCUCUGCAGAUUGCUCUGCCCCCAAAUGGAAGCCAUUCAGAAGCAUUCUGAUUGAGGUCACUGACUUCAGGUCAAUGGCAUGUACCAAUGGAAAGUAAUUUUAUUUUGCAUAUUACCUUCAAAAUUACCAAAAUAAAACUUCUGAGCAUUGAAGUACCUCCUAGGGGCUUCCUCGUUUGUUAUGUUGUGGAUUGGGAAGUGCUGCAACAGUCUUCUUUCCAAGUGUGUCACUUUGGGCUGCUCUUUCUGUGUCUGGACUGGACCGAGGAGGCUGUGUUUCUAAUAUGGGCCCUAAACAUGUUAAAUUAUUUUGUAGAUGAGACUGUUUUGGGAAUUUUUUCCUAGUUGACUUUCAGUUGUCUGUCUGUACAGCCUGGUUUUUUAACAAAUAAAACUUUCACAUUUACAUAUUUA